GAAAAUAUAUUUUCUACAUGGUAUCAGAGCCUAAAAACCCUAAACCCUAAUCUCACGUCUCUCCCUCUCUCUCGUUCGGCCCUUCACUGCCAAGCGCCGCCCCUCUCCUCGGCGGCCCUCCACCGGCGACUUCUCCUCCCUCCCGGCGGUCCUCUCCCUCCUCUCUCACCAUGGCCGAAAACAGUAAAAUCACUUCCCAAACUACGCCCUUCAAAACCCCGCAUCUUGCUCUCACAACUAUCUCCAAUGUCAAGUUGCAUGUUCUUGUUCAACUCAGUCUUUCCCAACCGAACUACAAAAAAUGGAGUAGUCUAUUUCUUCUCCUUGUUCGGCGUUUCAACCUUCAAGGAUACCUCGAUGGAUCCGUCGUCCCCCUCUCCGACGACGACGACAAAUGGUGCCAACUUGAUGCUCUUCUCCAAGGUUGGAUUCUCUCCACCAUCAUCGAUGAAGUCUCAGAUCUGGUCAUCUCUUCUCUCACCACCGCCUCAGCUCUCUGCAAGGUUAUCCACUACCUCUUUCAUGAUAACAAAUAUGCCCGAGCCAUGCAGUUGGAGCAUGAAUUCCGUACCACCGUCAAGGGCUCCACCUCCAUGGUGGCCUAUUGUCAACAACUCCAAAAUCUUGCCGAUUGGUUAGACGACGUUAAUGCACCGGUCUCUCAACACCAACUUGUUCUUCAGAUGCUCCGAGGGCUCCCCGCAGAUCUUCAGAGCCAGACCUCUUUCAUGCAGUUUCAGGAUCCUAUGCCAAAUUUUCUUCAAGUUCGAUUGGCUCUCAUGCUCUUAGAUCGUCAACGGUCAAAUCCCGUUGACCCCGGCAGCACGGCCUUGCUCACCACCCGAGCCGACGGUCACCUCCAUGGCGGGACGAACGGCGGUAGCGGCUAUGGUGGACAGCACGGUGGCAGCAGCUACCGUGAUGGCAACUCGGGACAACGCGGCGGCUCUAGAUGAGGGCAAGGACGUGGCGGCGGAAAUCGGGGUCGUGGACGUGGACGUCAAAACGGCUCCAGGCAACGACAAACCCAUGACGGAAAUACCACCUAGAACUCACCCCACCCAAACCCUAACCCUGGCCUCCUAGGCCCUCGCCCCACACCCUAC